GGGCCUUUGGCUAAACAAUAUAGUCAUUGCUCUCCUCCUCCUCUUCCUGAUCAAGCUUUAAAAGACAGAUCUCUGGAUCUCUAGCUCCACUGGAUUCCCUUCCAUGGCCCAGAAGCUUUUGGAAAGCAGAUCCAGGCUUUGCUGCAGCUGACCAAGGGGAUCCAUGCCGGUGCCGGUUGUGGUCCAGGCGGAGGCCCCUGAUGGAGGCUGGGGAUGGAUGAUUGUGCUAGCGGCUUUCCUCCAGUCCGCCUUGGUCUUCGGCGUGAUCCGCUCUUUUGGGGUCUUCUUUGUGGAGUUCGUGACCCACUUUGGAGAGUUGUCGGGACGCAUCUCCUGGAUCACAUCCAUCGGGAUCGCUGUGCAACAAUUUGCUAGCCCGGUGGGCAGCGCCUUAAGCUCUCGCUAUGGUGCGCGCGCCGUCAUCAUGGCCGGCGGGUUUUUCUCUGGCCUGGGGUUUCUGUUGGCCUCAUUUGCUACCUGCCUGGCUCACCUGUACCUCUGCAUUGGGCUUCUGUCAGGUUUUGGCUGGGCCUUGGUCUUCACACCUUCACUGGCUUCAGUGGCCCGAUACUUCAAGAAGCGGCGAACGCUGGCCACCAGCCUGGCCUUGACUGGUGUGGGCCUCUCUUCCUUUGCCUUUUCCCCGCUCUUCCAACUCCUGGUGGACACCUAUGCUUGGCGUGGGGCCCUCAUGAUCGUAGCCGGCAUGUCCUUCAACCUGAUUGUGUGUGGUGCCCUCAUCCGGCCACUGACCCUCAAGGAGGACCUCUCUUGUCCGUUGGGUGGAGACCCCGAAAAGCCAUGUUGGAAGAAGUUGUCCUCUCUCUUUGGCCUACACCUCCUCUUCCACUGGCCUUUCAUGCGCUUCGUCUUGGCCGUUACUCUUGUCAACACUGGCUACUUCAUCCCCUACGUCCACUUAGUGGCCCGGGCCAGGGAGCUUGGCUUUGACGAGUACCAGGCUGCCUUCUUAAUGUCCGUGGCAGCUGUGGCCGACCUCUCCGGCCGCCUCUUCUCUGGCUGGCUGGGGAACUGCAGGGCUUUCCGCUUGAUCCACAUCUUGGUGACGUGGACUUCCUUGACGGGUGUCGCCUUACUGCUGAUUCCAUGGGGCCGCACCUAUGCUCUCCUGGUGGCCAUCAGCCUCGGCUACGGGUUCUUCUCCGGAGCCCUCACGCCCGUGGUCUUCUCCAUCAUUCCAGAGAUCGUGGGCAUUGGGAACAUCUUCAGCUCUAUGGGGCUCCUGCAAAUGAUCGAGAGCAUCGGAGGCCUCCUGGGGUCACCCCUCUCUGGUUUUCUGAGGGAUGUAACAGGUGACUACGUCGUCUCGUUCUUGGCUGCUGGGUCUUUCCUCUUAACCGGCAGCUUAGUUCUGGUUACUAUGCCCAACUUCUUCACCUGCUUGGCUCCACUGGCUUUGCAAGAACCCAGUGCCAAGGCCGAAGCAGGGGAAGGCUCUCCCUUGGCAGCACAGGCACCUGUUCCUGUGAUGGUCGUCUCUCCUGAAAACGGCCAUCCUUACAAGGUCAUGCCUGAGAAGGAGUUUGAAUCCUGAUUGGUGACUGGAUGUCCUCUGGAGGAACCAAGAUAGCACUGGAGUUCUGUUGGGACCAGUGUAUCUGUGUGCCAUGCUUGAAAAAUAUUCCCUUUUUUAAAACUAUGCUGUCUGCAAUCUCCCAGCCAGCAGUCUGGAAGUUGUGAUCCAGAAAGAAAGGGGAACUUUUCCAAACAUGGUGUGGGUGUGUUUUCAUAAAGUCUCAUCCAAGGAAUGAGAAAGAUUGUCUGUUGCAGCUCCCAGUUAGAGUACUGUUUGUGUCUGUGCCUUAAUCACUGUUCCACCUUUCCUCUGAGCCACCCACAAUUGUUGGGAUGCACAAAAACACACUCAUUAUUAUUAUGGAGGUUUAACUUGGGAUUGAUAUUGGAACCUAGGAAAAUGCCUGUUGCAGAGAGAAGGGAAUGCCUGACCCUCGUCCAGAAGUACUUGGGCUGCAACUCCCAUCAGCCCCAGCCAGCAAAGUCGGGUGAGGGUACUGGAACUAGGAAGUCUGGCCCUGAUCCCACUCUGCUCCUCUUUCUGAUCAUCGUAGGUGACUCCAUACCCCUGUCCCUCACUGCUCAGAAAUGGGCAUCUCCAAUUUUCAUUUGACACUCUUCUGGUUAAGACUUUUCUUGAAGUCCUGGAUUCUCCUGGGUGAGUGUUUAGCAAAAGGAAGAAAAAUAUUGUGUGCCACUUACAGAGAAGCUGUGAAGGUCCAUUUUCCAGUUGUGGUGUUUAACGUAAUACAUCACAUGUUUACCGUGGCCUAUUGAAGAAUAAAAACUUGGGAGAUGUUCUGUUUUGGAGGUGAGCACAGCUCCCAGAAUCCUUCACUAGCCAUGUAGGCGGAAGGAUUUUGGGAAAUGUGAUCCCCCCAAAAAAUAACUUUCCUCAAGCUCUCCCUCUUUUUAGUACUUAACUUCAUCCCACUACCCCUAAACUAUGAUUUUUUUUCUUUGUUCCUCUGCAACAAGAAUUUGAGGUAUCAUUGGACUGCAACUCCCAGCAGGCCUUUCCAGCAGGGAUUCUGAGAGUUGCACUCCAGCAGCAUCUGGAAGGUUGCCUGAUUCCUGUUUCUGCUGUACAAAAGGUAAUCUACCUUCGCACAUUUCCGGAGGGAGACACGCUCUCAUGUACAUUACAGCCGGAGUGCAAGGCUGCUUCUGUGGCCCUUGUGUUCAGCUGCAGGAAAUAGCAAGGGAACUGAAGGUAUUGCUGGAUUGCAUAAUGGUGGCACUUUGGUUACCAUGUCAGCCAACCUUUAGUUGUUUUGUGGGUAUGUACCUAUGUAUAUUUAUGUUCAGAAGCCUUGCCAUGAAACCAAAAGCAGCAGAAGCUGGGAAGAGUUACUUUUGGGGGCUCCAGCUCCCUAGCCGCCAUGUUAAGUGGCCAUGUUGGAGGCGCCAUUCCGAGACCUGUACAGUCACCCUCCCAAGUCUGCGACUUGAGUUCCACAGACUUGGAAAUCCUCAGCAAGAUGACUGCCAUUAAUGUCAAUGGGGCUUGCAUGCAUACAAUGCCCCAUUGACAUUAAUGCAUUCAUGCCUAUGGGGCUUGAAUAUGUGCGAGUUUUGGAACUCGGGGGGGGGGGGGGGCGGAACGGAUUCCCCACAAAUUCUAAGGACCAACUGUACACUUGAAGGCUGAUAUUAGUUGGAGGACCUGUAGUCCAGUCACUUUGCAAACCCUUAAAACUGGGCAACCUCUAGGCUAUCUGGAAGUGACCCUGUUUCUCUUCUCUUCUGCACAGUUAUGGGACCAAUUCCUUGAUUUUCAACAGGGACUUCAUCCUCUUUCUGCCACCAAACUUGGAAGAGCAGAGGUGCCACCCAAAACUUGGCAUUCUGCAAAUGCAUCAUGCCACACCAACCUGGCAUGGAUAGGGGUGAUGGGAGUUGUAGUCCAGUAUGUCUGGAGGUUGCUGCUAGGUGUCGGAGAUCACAUAUUGUGUUUUCCACACACACACACAAAAGGAUUUUUAAAAAUGUAUUUGGAAGAACAGCAUUCCUUCCUUCAAAAAAAGCCUUCCAGGCUUUUCUUUUCUUUUUUGAAAAUAUCUGUUACCACUUGUUUGUCUGUCUUUUUUUAUUUAUUAGUUUAGUAAUUUAAAAAAUUUGUAAAAUAAAAUUUACAAGAGAUCAAUGAUGAAAGAGGUUUGGGCACUUUCUCUCCAGGAACCCAAGACAUUUUGGAAGGAACUGUCGUUUUCAAUUUAUUCCUGUAGUUCGAAAUAGAGGACUAGGAAAACAGCUCCGAAUUAAAGAGCCUACUUGCUUUGAGAGGACUCAGUCUCUAGUCCCAGGAGAGAUUUCUGCUAGGAUGACCUUUGUUAACUGCGAAAACUGAAAGCUUUAUAAAAUGGCACGGCUGGCUUUGUAAUCUCCUUGAUGCAACACUUUUGUCUCUGUAAAUAAUUGAUGAUCAA